AUGCCUCGGGAUAGGCACCCGAGCCUCGAAGCCCAGCAACUCGAGGCCGAGAGCGCAGUCGACCAGAAUGCGCAAGAAGAGGCGCGUAUCGCCGAGUCCAUGACUCUGUCGUGGUCGAGGUCGUCGCUGAUAAUAGUCUACAUCUGCAUGUGGCUUCUCUACUUUAGCAGCGCGCUCCGGUCGUUACCCACCGCCAACCUCAGCCCCUUUGUGCUCAGCGGUCUUCAGAAGCACUCGCUGUUGCCCGUCAUUGGCGUCGUGACGAGUGUCAUGACCGGCGCCACCUACAUACCCCUGGCCAAGAUCCUGAGCCUAUGGGAUCGCACCGCCGGCUUCUCCGCCAUGGCGGCGCUCGCGACGUUGGGGAUGGUGUUCAUGGCCGCGUGCAACACGUUUGAGCUCUAUGCGGCGGCCUACGUGUUCUACUCACUGGGCAAGCGCAAGGCCAAGCAGAAGGAUUUCUUGUCAAAGCCUAAGAGCGACCGUGCCCUGUCCCAAAGCAUCCAGCACUACGUGGUCGAGUUUGACGUCGUUGGCGUCUUUCUCCUCUGCGCUGGCUUUUGGGGGACCGGAUACAUCAUCGCCAUGCUCGUCAUCGGCUUCUUCCUUCUCAUUGCCUUUGGCCUCUGA